AUGCCUCCAGGUUUAACCUAUCCGAGUUUAAAAUGCGUUUUCGAGUUCCUGGAAGCGAAUAAAAGAAUCCACAUCACAUCUCGAAACUCAACUCUCAAAACACUCGACAAAUUGGUACCCCUACAUUUGAAAAUGGUACAAAUCGAUGGGUAUUUAAUGAUGGUCAACAAUAUUGCAUACCGAGUGCUAGAUAAAGUAGAAGAUUCUUUCGGAAAUAAUUUCGGAAAACAUUUUUCAAGGUCACAGUUUUGGAGUCAAACGCCAAGGGGAUAUUUCCAUAUCUUUUAUCAGAAAAAUGGGGUAGGAAAUACGAGUUAUGAAUAUGAGAAUCGACGAGGGAAAACAUUCAGAAGAAGAGUUAAAAAGAAUUACUAUAGUGCUUAUGUCGUGAUCCGCCAGUUAUUAGAGUCACUGUUCGUGGGAAGAAGAGUGAUAAUUGUAGAGAAACUUGUAGCUGGAUGGUUGCUUUCACUAUCUAAAAAACUUGAAUUGAAGUUUAAUGUUCUAGAAUUAGAGUCUGAUGGAUAUGAUUUAGAAGACUUCCUUCCACUCAUCGACCCAACAAGUUUUCCACUUAAAAAGUUUACUCAAAAACUGGGUUGGGACUAUUUGUUUAAACUUCCUGAAGUGCGAACAGCCAAUCAUCUAGUUAUCACUACCAUUUAUCCCAACUUAUCCGAUGCUAUUAAUAUUCUGAAAUCUCUGAACUGCAAAUAUGUAGAGAUUAAAGAUCUACUUUUCAAGGAGAAUUAUGUUCUGGAUACAAUUCAAAUGUUGUUGGAAAAUCAUCGAGACGUUGAGACAUGUUAUAUGAUAGACCUAUUUAAAUUUACAAGUGAAUAUACAAGAAACUUAAUGGAAAGAAUCAAGGAACGAUUUAAAGGAAGAGAUGUGGGUUUCAUGGAUGCUGGCAAACGAUCGACACUCACUUCUCACUAUUUCUCUAUUCCUAUAAACUCUAGAACUGAACUCGCUGUCUACAGAAACAAGUCACUCAAGGAACGCCAAGAAGUUAUUAUAAUGGAAGUGAUUCUGACUGGACACACUCCCAAAGUUUUCCGUCUAGAUUAUUCGAAAUUGAGUGAAUCUUUUGAAAAGAGAUAUUCUGACGACGAAACCGAAGAUGACAGAUCGCCAGUCGGUGAGUUGAAUGAAGACGAGCUGUCAGACAACGCAUCAUCUGACGUCGAAUUGUUUGGAGAUGGAUCAGUCAAGGAUGAAUCACGAGAAGACGUGUCGCCGGAUGAUCUCAACAAAACAGCAGCUGAAAAGUUCAAAAUGCCAAUAAUUUCUCUUCCAAUCACGUAUAUUUUGAUUGUUGUUUUGUUUGCGUGGUUCUUUUUCUUUUAA